AUGGGUCGACUAACAAAAUUUCUGUCCGACGCGGAGAAAGCAGUGAGGCAGGCUGGGAGAGAUUUACAGCAACAGCAACAGCCAGCUGGGUACCAACCACCACAGCAGCAGCAACAACAGGCUCAGCAGCAUCGCAACGCCCCCGGAUAUCCGGUGCAAUACCAACAGCAGCCGCAGCAGCAGUAUUAUCAGAAUUACCCUCCUCCACCAGUGCAACCCCAAGUGGAACUUCAGGGUUCGCCUGUAGCCCCGCCUCCGCAGCAGGUGCAGUAUCAGCAACAACAAUACCCUUAUCAAGCUCAACAACCUCCCCAACAGCUGCCACCGAGCGGAGGUGCUCCAGUGUCUCAACAUGUUGUAACUUCACCCGGCCAGGAUGCCUCCAACAGAGGCCCCAGCACUCCGAUGCCAUUGGGAAUUCAGCCGGUAACUGAAUGUAUCGACGUGCCAUUCACACUACCAACCUACUGGUUUAUCCACAGUUCCUACCCAGACUUUGUCAUCUGCAGUCGUUGCUACGCAGACCGCAUCCUCAACUCACAGUUCCGAGACACGUUCACGCCGGUAUGGCACGAUGACAGAUUGGAACGACAAUGUCUGUUCGGCACGCCCCGCGUCAAAGACUAUCUUUGGCCAGCUGCUCUCUCGUCAAUGAACCUCGAUAACUUGGUGAGCUUCAUGGCCAUGAGGCCUGCUUUGGGACGUUGUCCAGAGGAUCAGUCAGUCGAGGGACAUGAAUGGUACUACCCACCAGAUCGGCCAGAGAUGGCAAUUUGCAAGCCUUGCUAUGAAGACUACUUCAGACAUACCUCGUUCGGCAACAGGUUUAGUACACAUAAGCCUCAGGGCGCUGCAAGUUGUGACCAUAGCGUUUGGUACAUCCGCCGUAUGCUCAAGCUCUAUUCACCCAACAACAACUGGACGGCUUUCACCACGGGGUACUACAAGAGGCUGCAGCUUCCGCCGUGUCCCAAAGCACAACCUGUCGCAGGCCCAGAGAGGACUUGGUUUAUGUCUUCAAGCGGCCCAUCCAACUUCGCGGUCUGCGAAGCUUGCUAUUGGGAUUACUUUCACGAGUCUACGGAAAGUCAGUCGUUCCGCACAGUUCGUCUUGGACCCUCACAGGAGGCAUCGUGUGACAUGGGGCAGGCAAACAUGCUGAUCCCAAUGAUUCGGGCGGUUGAUAAGGGCAACUAUCCCAGAUUCUGGAACACUCUGCAAAGUCUCUCGCAACACCCGCCUUGUAAUCCUCAGGGCGCAAGAGGAAUUCGCUGGUAUACGCUUCCGAGUGAUCCUCCGGAGUUCGAGGUUUGCGCGACGUGUAUGGCGGGCACUGUGGCUAGCAUGAACGUGACUCACUUCUUUAAAGUAAAGCAGUCUGUUGAACCGUCUGAGGCCCGGCUCUGCUCAUUCAAUCUGCCCGGGUUUCCUCGUGGAGUGCUUUUCUUGCAGAAGUUCGCUGAGGCAGCUUACAUCAACGAUUGGCGACCACUCAGCGAAUUGGCAGUGGAUCUCAGUACCGCUCCAGGGUGUCCCAAGAUCAAUCUUGAAUUGUCGAAGAAUCGUCGGUGGUGGGGAUGGGAUAAUGCCCACAUCUGUCAAGAAUGUUAUGUCGUCGUCGCGAAGGGCACGAAGCUGGAGAAACACUUCACCAUGAAGGGAAACCAGGUCGCUGAGCCCCGACUCUGUGAUCUCUACUCCCCUCGCAUGAGGCAGCUCUAUAAGAACGCCUGCAAGACUCAAGACCUAGCAUCCUUCCUAUCGUUCGCCCUUCAACGCCGCCAGAUCUAUCUCCGGACGGUCCCCGAGAUGAAUCGGAUGCUAGCAGCUGCCAAACACGCUCUUGGUCAGGCUCAAACGCUUGGUCUUGCAGCUGUGACGUUUAGCGCAGCAGGAAACCUGAAUGCAACGAACUUUUAUUAUGACCAUACGGUUGGAAACUCGACGGUUGGGCAUGGGUAUCAGAAUGAGCAGUUGUUGCAGGCGGCGAUGGCGGAUCAUUCGAUGCAGCAGGUCGGGGCUGCUGCGACGGGUCCAGCGGCCGUGGCUAGGUGUGUUAGAAAUGCCCAGAUUGAGGUGAAUUGGUUUGCUGAAGGCAAUCGUGGAAUUGCACGUGAUCUCGUUAGGCAUCGAUCCAUCUCUCAUCUCAAGACAAACCAACAAUUACCAAUAUACUAUGGCCUUACGCAAUCACUCUUUACUCACCCAUUCCUUGAUUACCCUACUGCUUUACAGUAUCUAAACAUCUAUGUUCUAUGCGGUGAUUAUAAGCUCUCCGUCACAAAUCUCAGCUUUCCUACGCGCAGCGACAAUCCGCUGCUCAUAAAGAGUGCCCCCGCACCUACCAACUGUGCAACGUUGAGCAACCCUCAAUUCCUCAUGAAUUAUAUCACCGACCCUAAAUGCCAUGAGGCUUUCUCGAUCAUUGAAAAUGAAAACCUACCACAUCCUUCAGGGAAAUUACUCACUUCUUUCAUUACAGAUGCGUUGGAUCCUGGUCUGGCCGCAACUCAUGUCCUCAGAUACUGCCAUCUGAGCCAACACCGUGAGGUUGAGCUUCGUGCCCUUGUUUCAGAUUGGACGUUCAUCAUAGAGUCUAUCACAAAGCACGGGACAACACCACCUGCCCCCGACAGUAGGACGAAAGCUCAAAUCCUCAAAAGGGAUGGAAAUCGAUGUUGCAUCACAGGGAAGCCAGCAGGUUUUGGCGACCCGCUGGUAGUGAUGCCUGUUGUUCUCGCGCCCUCCCGCUGGCUCGAAGCCGAGCCGCGGGUCCAUGAAAUGCUUCGAGCCUUCUUCAGCCCUCCUUACCUCAAUUGGUGGUUAGCUUAUACAGAACGACUGAAGCGGGUCGAUCCCAUCGAUGGUCAUUGGCUUGUGCGCAGGUCAGCCGCCGAGGCUUACAGGAAUGGGGUGGUGAAAUUGCAUCGGCUACAACCAUCAAUGAUUGAGUACAAAAUUGGCUGGUGUCUAAUUGGAACAGUAGAACCAGUACUCGAUGUCGAUGGCCAAUAUCCUCUUCUUGGAGACCACUCGCGAUCAGGAAUACGCAAGGUAGACGCACGAUUCAUCGGGACCCAUGCUCGCUUGGCUUCGAGCAUUCGAUGGCUUGAGGUCAGGAAGCAAAUCGCCGAAAACGAAACAGCGAUAGCUCAGACAGGGAUACAAUCUUCAGCAUCUAGACCAGGCUUGUUAUCAACUGUAUUCCAGAUGUUCCGCACAAUCCUCUGGCGAGCUUGGCUCAUCACCCCCCAAUUCAUACGACUAUCAACGUAUAAAGUAUUGCGAAAGAUCGGACACAACCUUUAUGGAGGUACCAGUUCCUUGGCAGUUAGCCGUUUGCCUUUCGGUCUUUACUUGAAGGCCACUAACGAAGGGGCUUUCAAUGAAUCUAAUGCCCUCGAUCUCGUUCAUAAGUACACUUCCGUGCCAGUCCCUCGUGUACUGGAUCUGGUAGCAGACUCACGAAACACGUAUCUCUUGACGACAGGUCUUCGCGGUGAUCCCCUCUCCAGAGCAAUGGAUAUGCUUUCCGAUCGAGACUGCCAGGAGUUGGUCGACCAAAUGCAAAGCUUCAUUUCCCAGAUCCGAGCGAUUCCCCCGGUCGGUCCCAAGAACCACAUAUCUAAUACAUUGGGCCAAGCAUGUAGUGAUCCAAGAAUUCGAGAUGGCAACCCUGUUGGUCCCUUCGAAGACGAAGCUUCUUUCAGUCAAUAUCUUCGCCACCCAGAUGAUCCCGCCCGGAGAGGUCAUCAAAUUGUGUUUACCCAUGCUGACUUGAACCUGCGAAACAUCCUUGUGGACAAAGUCACAAGACUAGACGGGACAAGGGGUUGGGCGAUCUCGGGGAUUGUAGAUUGGGAAAACAGUGGAUUUUACCCUGAGUACUGGGACUGUACAAAGGCUCAGUUUGAGGGGUUUAGAUGGGAUGGACGCUGGACCAGGGCUUUGGUAGAAAUUUUCUGUCCAUUUGGUGGUUAUGGAAAAGAGAUUGAACUUGAGAGGCGAAGCUGGAGUGAGGGUGAUGGCGCAUUUUGA